AUGUCGUCCAAGUCUCAAUCCAGAAGAUCAUCUGCCUCCAAGAUGUCUUCUCAUCGACCGGAGCUCAUGCGGGCGAGUGCAACCGCCCCCUCAUUAGCUACAUCCAACGCAUCUAGACAAGACCUUGCAAGCCUUCAGUCUUCGAGAGCCACAGCAAUUCUCACCAGAGUGGCGGGUUAUUCGGUAUGCCACGAUCAUCCGCAUCAUGGUUCACCAAGCAGCAUCUGCUCGAGCCCCAGCCGGUCACCGGGUAGUUCAUCGAUGGAGGCAAGGAAGGAACCGUACGAGAUUGCAUACAAUAACUCAAGCAAUUAUUUCAGUUUUCCCAGUUUUGAGGAUUUCCAGGAGUAUCAAGAGAGCCAUGACACGAUAGAUGGAAGAGGCGAAAAAGGCGUCCCAUGA